AUGUCCAUCAACUUGACUGACAAAACGUGUCUUGUGACCGGCGGUGCAGGCGGGUUGGGCAAGACUAUCGCAACCCGAUAUCUCCAAGCCGGCGCCAACGUCGUCAUCUGCGAUAUCAACCAGGAUCGCCUCGAUGACACAUCCAAAGAACUCGCAGUCGGAGACAACGCCAGCCGACUGCUGACAAUCAAGACCGAUAUCACCUCCGCGUCGGACGUGCAGACCCUCUUCCAGGAGAUCGUCGCCCGGUUUCAGAAGCUGGAUAUCCUGAUCAACAACGCCGGAAUCAUGGAUCGAUUCGACCCCGUCGGAGAGCUGGAUGAGGACCUUUGGAAUCGGGUGAUCGCGGUGAACUUGACGGCUCCGUAUAUGCUCAGCAAGCUGGCGGUGCAGGAUAUGUUGAAAAGGGAUGUGGUGGAUGGGCGCAUCGUGAACAUCGUGUCCGUGGCUGGUAAAGCAGGCUUUGCGGCGGGUGCUGCGUACACAGCGAGCAAGCAUGGUCUAGUGGGCUUGACCAAGAACACGGCCACGUUCUAUGGAUCCAAGGGCAUUCGGUGUAAUGCUUUGAUGCUGGGUGGGAUGGACACGAAUAUCACGGAUGCCUUCAUGACGGGAAUCAACAUGGAAGGGAAAGACAAGGCGAUGGAUAUGAUGACAGCUGCCAAGCUGGCAAUGUGCGAUGUUGAUCAGGUGGCAGAUCUUUGUCUCUCGAUCACCUGCGGGCCAGGAUCAAGCUUGAUCAAUGGCACCUGUAUUCCAGUGGAUCAAGGGUUGACCGGAUGGUUGGGAUGA